UAUAUGACACUCACUCACUGGCCAGUUUAUUAGGUACACACAUCUAGUACUGCGUCGGACCCCCCUUUGAUUCCAGAACAGCCUGAAUUCUUCGGAGCAUGGAUUCUACAAGGUGUCGGAAACAUUCGUUGCUCAAUUGAUACCAUAAAGGUCUUGUAAACUAAUAACUAAGAUUUGCAUAAAAAUGUCCUCGGACAGAGUAUGUUUUCUGCAAUGUGAGAAGGUCAGAUGGUGUACUUUUGUACUUGGCCAUUCUGUGUUUUCUUUUCUGUGGUUUGGUGAUCCUAAACCUAAUCCUGGGUAUCUCUGUUGCUUGUUCUCUAGGAGGCUGGUGGCAUGUGGUUCUCAACAUGGACACCACCAUCGCUAUCACUCAGAACUUUGCCAGCACCACCAACUUCCCCAUCGUGUGGCAUAAAACUGUGCGGGGCCGGCCCAAACUAUCCAGGAAGUGGUAUCGUAUCCUGAAGCAGGAGAGGCCAGACAUGGCUGCCCUAGCAGACAAAGUGGACCUCCAGGAAUCGACUGGCAUCGCCUCGGACAGCUCCAGUGACUCUUCCUCCUCCUCCUCUUCCUCCAGCUCCUCUGAUUCAGACUCAGAGGCUGAGUCGGGCUCGGAGGGGGACGCCAUGUCUCACCGGCGGAAAAAGAGGAGGACGUGCGGCAUGAUGUCCAACGGAGACAGCAGCACCAAGGAUGACUGUGUCAGCAAAGAGCGCAGCUCCUCCCGGUGACCCCCUCGCUCCGCCCCUGCUUCUCCAGAAGGCCACACCCAGGGGGACUCUCGCACACCGAGCGGCCAUUUUGUUUGUUUUCAUUUGUGUGUCUCCAAAGGAGAUUAUGGUGGCCCUCUGUCUGUUGGAUAGAUAAGAGGGCUGCCUCAGAGACCCAGCCUAACCCUAGGCUGUGAUAAAGGAGAUUCCCCCUGAGGCGUGGACCUGCUGGAGAUCUAUCUGCCACCGCUCAGCUUCUAGUCAAACGUCAAUCUAUAUUGCUGUUAAUUGUAGGGGGUGAGAAGAGCAGUAUUUCAGUGAGAGGGAGGGGUGUUGACCUUUGGAGAGAGGUGGGCUGUUGUCCUGUUGUACACCAGGUACUGGGGCUGAGGCAGGGAGCCUAUCAGGCUGGCCUGUCUCUACAGUGCCAUGGUCUUAUGUUGCUCAGUGGGGAAAUGUUUUCUAUUCACAGUGAGAUGAUGGAUGGAUGAAUAGGUGUGUUUUGGAUUUACUUUAAUUUGCAGUACAUGGGAUGCCAGUUGAGUUUUAUCAUGGCAGAUUUGACCAUCUUUAGAUAUUAAAGUGUACUGUGAGAGUUCUGUAAGUCGAUACUGUAUGACAGGGUAAGGGUAGAGGAACGAUGCUGCCUUGAAGCCACUGAUUAUAUUUUUUCUUGGUUAAUUUGAUAAUAUUUCUGCUUUCAUCCUCUGGCCUUCUUUUGCUAGUAACAGUUGAAAUCGUAUGCGUAUGUGCUGCAAUCAAAACAGUUAAUUCAGUUACAGUUAAUUUAAUUUAAUAGUUAGCAAAUCAACAGUCCAAAAUCCAGUCAAGACCGUUUGCAUAGUGACAUUUCUCUUUCAUAUAAUUUUUAUUUAGCUGCUGUUGGCAUCUGUAGUGCAGACUAAUGCACAUGUCUAGUGAAACAGCUUUUUCAAGACUUAGCCCAAGUCAUCCAGCAACAACUAUAAAGGCCAAGGGUUCCCCCCUGACUUAGAUUUAGCCGGUUCAGCUUGACAUUCAAAAGCUUGACCUUUUUAGGUGAAAUUGCCUGUACUACACUCCCUUAGCUACAGGUUGGGUAAGAUUAAUCACUCUCAUGUGCCACAAAUGAAUGUUGGGCUAUCAACAACAAUAACAUUUCACCAAAAAGAAACACUAUUUUUGCAAUAUUGGCUGGUUAUGAUUGGUUUUUCUGUUAUGUUUCUGUGAAUUUAAUUAUGUAUGGGUUACUCACACAAUUUUGGCACACACUUUCACAUUUUUAUGAAAACAAUUGGAGUUAUUUAAUAGUGAUGCCUCUCGUGUAAAAGUGUGCCAUUUGCUGCUAUAUUAAUCAACAUUUUAAGAUGAAUGAAAUAAAACUAUUCAAUUUAUUUGACAUUACACAGCUAUACUGUAGAUCAGGGGUGUCAAACCAUUUUUUUUUUCAUGAAUCUUUCCGGAGAAGAACGAUCUCAAUUGACAUGACUAAAACCAAAUCGAAACUGUGUAGAAAUGAUAAUGGACAUACUUUUAUAGUCUCUUCACCCUGUCCAGCUUGCUAACAGUCAUCGAAACGAAAGCUAGACAGUCAGGGAGCACUCUUUUUUGCCAAUUUUGACAGCGAGGAAUAUAACCAAUAUUAGUGGACCUAAAUGAAUGCCAAAUGUGGCCCUUCUGGGCAAAAUGAGUAUAACACCCCUGUUGUAGAUGCUGGUUUCCCAGAGCCAGAUCAAGACUAUUCCUGGUCUAAAAAGCACUUUCAAAUAAGUCUCUAUCACGGAUGCCUUUUAGUCCAGAAUUAGAAUGAACCUCUUUCCGGGAAACGAGCCCUAGGUGUUUGAUCUUGUGUUCUGAUUCCAAGCCACCGUUUUUUAUUCUCCAUUGCAUACAGAAGGGGGCACCAAUGCCAGAGCUCUCACACUAGCUUGGCACCAGUGUGUGUGGUUUACAGUCCAGAAGAAACGGUUGUGUCAAAAGUAGAAAUGAGGGCUGGCAAAGGGAAAAGUGUAAACAUUGUAGGCCUUGUAGUUGCACAUCUUGAUCUUAUUUCUCUGUGUAGUGCAACUAAGGUUUUUUUUUAAACAUUGCAACAACAAAAAAAUAUGUGAGGGGAUAGGUAGAUAUUCUGGACAGACUAAAUUCAUGGUUCUAUCCAUGUGGCUUCUAGAUUAUGUGGCAUAUGCUGCUCUACAAUGAUUCAACUGCUUUGUAUUUCGUUAGUGUAAAUUCAAACAAAAGCAACUAGCUAAUACAUUACUCUUAUUCAGCAAAUAGAAGUUAAUGGGUUGAAUGCAGAUUCUGCUUGUAUAACUUUGUUCUGUGGGGUUCUGUGUUUUUUUGUGCUUUAAAACUGGCGUUGUCAUCUAAAAUGAUUGAAAGUACUUUGAAAUAUGUGAAUUGCUGUAUGUCUAUGCAGUAGGUGUUUUCCACUGUCUUUAGACAAAAGUGCCUAUAAGCACCAAUUGAUACUGUCAUUGGCCUGCAGAUGAGAGGUUGUGUUGCUACUUGUGGUCAAUGCGUCUGGUGUUUGCGCUGUUUUUAACCCAUUAGGUGCUCACCUCAUGUCAAGCAUUUAGCACUAUUACCGUCCCUGGGGUCGGUCACAUAGUGCCUUGGAUCCGAUGGGGGAAUGGUGUGAAAACCAGGAGCCUACAUGGGUACAUCUCAGUGGUCUAAUGUGGCUUCCUUUGGUCGACCUCCUCCCUUCAGCCGCACUGAUCUAAAUCUACAGGACUGGAAAAAGGAAGCCCUCUAUUAGGGUUCUGCCAUAUUGCUUUCACUUUCCUGUCUGUCCAGAUCAGGGCAGAUGAAGGAGAAUGAUGAGAGGAAGCCAUUUUAAGAGAUUUAGAUGUACACCCAGACAUACCUUGACGUUAACCAGAACAAAGUUAAUAAAUUAAUGUUGAUGAGUUAAUAAAUUCUUUUUUUAUGCA